AGGAAACAGCAGGGCCAGAGGCAGCACCAGGCCUCAGGGCAGGGGCUGGGGCUGGGUUGCAGUCGGGCCUCCUUUCUCCCAGGUCAGGCCUUCCGGUGACCUUGAACUGUCUCUUCCCCACCCCCUGCCCUGAGCAGCCCGUGGUGCCAGCUCAGCCCCCAGCCCUGCCCAGUUCGAGGUCUGCAGAGUCUGGGCAGGGCCGGGCAGGCGCCGAGCCGUCUGUGGGAAGCACUCCCAGGAAACGGGCCUCCCGCCACCUGGCUCCCAGCACCCCAUUCCCCCCAGGCCUAGGCAGGGCCUGGGUUAGGAAUAGCGGCCAGGGAGCCGGCUUCCUCGCUAGGAGACCCCGGACACCUGCUUUCCCCUCUCACAGUCUCAACUUUGCAUCUGUAAAAUGGGAUAGCAGCAGGCAGCAACCUCAUUUGGUUGCGAGGGUGACUGAGCGAAGCCUCAAGUUCUGCCCAGCGGUCGUUGUUGCUGCUUCCCCAUUAUUGCAGCCGCCCCCAGCUUCACUUUCCAGCUCCUUCUCUCUCGGCCCAGCAAGUGUCCUGGCCGGCCUUCCUGCCCCGGGGAGAGCUGUGGGCCCUGGGCAGAGAGAGGGGCAGGAGGGCAGUGGGGACCAGAGGCAGGGGGGGCCCUGCCAAAGCUGGACCCUAGCCCCACUCCCCACCCCAGGCCAGAGCUACGACAUGCAAGAGGCCGCCCUGAGCCUGCUCGUCUUCCUGGCAGAUAAAGACAGUCCUUUCUACUACGACUGGCACAGCCUCCAGGUCGGAGGGCUCAUCUGUGCAGUGAUCCUGUGUGCCCUCGGAAUCAUCGUGCUCAUGAGUGGCAAAUGCAAAUGCAAGUUCAGGCAGAAGCCCAGUCACCGACCUGGGGAAGCUCCAGCUCUCAUCACUCCAGGCUCUGCCCAGACCUGCUGAGGACGGACCAGCCAAGAGCGCAUAGAGGCUCUUUCUCUUUCCCUGGGUCCUGGCCUUGCGCUGAUUGGGGUCUUGAACUGCAGGAUGGGGUUCUCCCUCUUCUCCUCAGACUACCUUGCCGGGGCCUCAUCUUUGUUCAAUUUUUAAUAUAAAAUGAUUUUGCCUCGUGCCCAAA